UCUCGAUGGUAUAUUAAAAUUCACAGAAGAUUUUCCAUCUAUUUCUCAACUUUGGAUAGGCAGCAAAUUAAUAAUUACAUUAACCAAUCCAGAUAUGGCAAAAACUGUCUUAUAUAGCAAAAAUUGCAUAGAUAAAGGUAUACCUUAUAAAAUUGUGAUGCCAUUAUUUGGAACUGGGUUACUCACUGCUCCUGAAUCCAUAUGGACUCGAAUGAGGAAAAUGACUGCACCAAUAUUUGGUUCGCACGUAUUGCAAGAUUUCUUUAAUAAGUUUGUUAAACAUUCUGUACAAUUUACACAUGAAUUAGAAAAAAUUGGAAUAAAUGGACACGAAAUUGUCUAUGUAAAUUAUUUAAUGAAUUGUAGUUGGAAAAUUGCAAGUGAUUGUCUAAUGGGUGUUCAGUUGGAACCACAAAAAAACAACAAAGUUAUAAACAUACUUCACAGUUUAAAAGAAUGUUUUUCAUACAGGCUAAUGAAUCUAUAUAUUUAUUUUUUUGACAUUGUGUUCCAUUUCUCUACGAUGGGACGCAAAACAAAAAAAUAUGUGAAUUUGUUCCAUUCUCUUGUAAAUGAAAUCAUACAGCAGAGCGAAGAUGAAUUAUCAAAUUUGAAUACAAUUAAGGAUAAAGAGAAGCAAAUUUGUAAGUUAUUAAUAUUUUAUAUCAACAUUUUACGAAAUUAGAUCUUUAUGAAAACGCAACGUU